UUUCUUGGCUGCUGGAAAUAAAGAGGGCUAUGAGUAUGACACGUCUGCUACUGACUAUGGGCUUGGCCCUAGUCUGUACCAUCCAGGUCGAGACCACUGGUCCAGUAAAAGACAUCAAUCUCAAGAAGUUUGUUGGAAGGUGGUAUCCUUUAUUAUUGGCCUCCAAUGACUUGGAAAGCAACUCUGCAGCUUUUAUCCACAGUAUCGAUGUGAAAGUAAACAGCCUGAUAUUUUACUUCACCCUCAGGACAAAUGGUGAAUGUAAGCAAGUGGCAGUAUUUGCUAACAAACUGGAAAACAAUAAAUACAAACUCCGAUAUCCAGGCAACAAUAUACUCUAUGUGGAAGAUGCUGACCCAAAUGAUUAUCUCCUGAUUUACACAACUAAUAAGAUUCAUGGAAAGGAAACCAAAGGAGUGGAACUCUACAGCCGACAGAAAGGAGAAAUUGUGAAUCAAGAAAUUAAAAAAAAAUUUGAAGAAAUGUAUAAGUCAUAUGGAAUUAAAAAAGAAAAUGUCCUUGACUUGACCAAAACUGAUCCAUGUGAGCGCUCCUUAGAAUAGGAAAGUUGGCAGAAACAUGUAGGUUUGUGACAUCUGAUUUUAGGGCUAUGCUUAUCUUUCAAAAUUCUCCACAAACUAGAAUUGAAAGUGGCAGUGCUUUUAGCAGCUUUAAUUCAGUUCUAGUUAUUCUGAGAAUCCUUUUCUUUUUCACUUUUUUUUUUCUUCUCUUCCAUUCAUCUGGUUCAUUCUGCGCUUGAUACUCUUCCCCUUCUCCCUCCCGUCAAUCUUCUAUCAGAUGCUAAGAGGCAGCUGCUGUGGGGAAGGAAUACCAGCAACUGGGUGUGGGCAUUACGUUUAUUUGAUUUUCCAUCUCAAAACUUGAAUAAAAUGUAAUUUAAAGUGUGAAGAGUUUUAUUUUUCUGUGUUUAGACAUUAUCUUUAAAUUUCUCUCCCCUAUAAUUUAUAUUGUUAUUGUUAUUAUCAUUAUUAUUAUCCAGGAGAGCUAGGUUAGUCAUCUAUCCCAAAUUCUUCCUCACUGAAAGGAUUCUUAUCCAUAUUGGAUGGGAGAUUGAACAAGAUGAAAGUCACUUUCUAAAGUUCCUUCUAAUUUUAAA